AUCGUCAUCGUCAUUGCCUCCCACCUUCGCACUCGGAGAAAUUUCGUGGACGGCUUUUAUUGGUGGCUCGGCGUAGAUGUUGCGUGUCGCUGAUCGAGCGUUUCGUUUAGAAUACUCGAUCACGUUGCUGUACCUAGACCCGCACACCUACUGAACCCGCCGUCAGGAGCUGAAAGGUUACCCGCAUGGCUCCAGCUUCGGCUUUCCUCUGUGUGUCGGGGCUUCUUCUCGUUGGCUUCACCGCCAUUUGCAGAGCAGAAGUGCAGUUUGCAACAGCCAUAGACAUCAGCGACCUGGGUGAACGCGUGGUUCGCAAGGAUCUGUUGCCCGCCUGCCAGGCUUGCAAGACAGUAGUUAAGACAUUUCAACAUGGCAUUGAGCGAACAAAAAGGAGCCGCUUCGAUGGAGGAGACGUUGACUGGGAAGCAAGAAAUAUGGGCAAAUACUCGAAAAGUGAGAUUAGGUUCAUCGAAAUCCAAGAACACCUCUGCUUGGAGAUAGUCAAGGGCCAGGAACACUGCAGAAACAUGGCGGCACAGUAUGAGGAACACUUGGAAGAGUGGUGGUUUGAGCACCAGGAAAAGGAGCCCGAUCUGCACAAGUAUUUGUGCAUCGACCAGGCUAAAGCUUGCUGCCCGGAAAACCACUAUGGCCCCAACUGCGAUCCUUGCACUGGAGGAGCAGAGAGUCCCUGCAACGGACACGGGAGGUGUAAAGGCUCCGGAACACGCAAGGGCAACGGCAAGUGUGACUGCCACCAGGGUUACACGGGCGAGCUGUGCGAUGCUUGCACUGAGGGCUACUACGAGGACAAGCCGGGUGCCAAUGGUACCAAAACAUGCACCAAAUGCCACCCGUCGUGCAAAGGUCCUUGCACUGAGGGCGGCCCGAAGGCAUGCAAGGAGUGCGUUGCGGGCUACGUCAUGAAUGAGGAGUUGGGAUGCGUGGACAUCGACGAGUGCAUCGAAUCUACGGAGGAUCUCUGUGCAAAGGAGAGAAACACGUUCUGUGCCAACACGCAAGGUUCCUACAAGUGCAUGAUGUGCGACUUCGCUUGUGACGGCUGCACUGGAGAUGGACCGGACCACUGUGUCAAAUGUGCCAAAAGUUACGUCUUGAAGGACAAGACCUGCAUAGACAAUGGCGAGAAGUGGCGAGAGCUGCACAUCUUGCUGGCGCGCUAUGCCACUUACCUUGGCCUCUGCAUAGCGACGUUGAUCAUAUUCAAGAGGAGUCCAUCAGUCGCCAGUGCCAUUGGGCUGUGCGUCGGGGUGUACAUUGGCUUUUCCGAGUACACACUGUCCAACUGGAAAGACCACAGCGUCACGUCUACCAUCAGUAAUGUCAUGUCAUGGUGAUGAUUAGCCCCGCGGUUGUCACUUGUUUCGUGUUCUUGCUGUUGCCUCUACACUUGUGUGCGUUAGUGCCGUUUCGUUCUUUGUCAGCAUCCCUCCUCAUUUCAAGGGUUGUGAGCUGUCGGGCAGCAUUGAAAAAAGAAAAAGCAGCAUGCGUGAUCAUUGGUCACCUUAAUCGAGAAUUUUAGCGUACUGCUGCCACUGUACCUGUGAAGGCAGUGAGGCUGGUCACAUCAUCCACGUGCCAGCUUUCCGUGCGCUAGGUAAUUCCUGCCGCACACAUACAGUUGGUAUCAGAAGUUUAUGGACCACAGGAUAUGAGAAACAUUAUAUUUCCAAGCAUUUUGUAACCAUAGCCUGGUAAACCAUUUGGCAGUGUGUUGUUUGCAUAAUAAUAAUAAAUUAUAGUGUUUUAUGUGCCAAGACCAUGAUCUGAUUACGAGGCACACCAUAGUGGGGGGCUCCUGAAUAAUUUCAACCACCUGGGGUUCUUUAACGUGCACCUAAAUCUAACUACACGGGUGUUGCAGUUUUGCCCUCAUCGAAGUGUGACCCUGUGCUUAGCAGCCCUGCACCAGAACCACUAAGCAACCACGGCAGGUGGAUGUUAUUUCCAAAUCCCAGUACUAGCUGAAGAUCUGAAUAUGUGGCUGCCCAGGCUGCACAAGUAUUCAGCUUUUCCUUGGAUCUCAUGGUCCAUAAGCAUUUGAUGUUGGCUGUUUCCGGCGUAGCUUUGCUAGCGUGAGCAAAACUAAAAGUUGGCUUACAUGAAGACGAAGCUUUAGAUUGGGCAGUCCUGUCGAAAUGCAUGGAAAUGAAGAAAUUUUUUUUUUUCUUGGCAAUCACUACACCAACUUUGAUGAAGUUUAUUGCAUUCAAAGGAAAAGUCAACAUCUAGGGACUGUAGCUAAAUUUUUUAUUAGGCUGUCGAUCCUCCAAUAAAAAUAGUUGAAAAUUUCAAAAUUUCAAAAAACGAAACUGUGAAGUUGACAACUCUAACUCUGCAAUUAACAAUAAUAUUGCAAUUCUGUAGGCUAUUCCUUAUAAUACAUGCAAAGCGGACAAAAUUGCUGUAUAAUUCACCACUCCGAAGUAUACCAAUAGAUUGCAAGUAGGACUUAGGAUAAAUCCUUGUAAACAUUGUAACAGUUUCGUGGGAGCUGUAAAUUAUUGAUAUAUUAGAUUUAUUCACUUUAGACGCUCUAACACUUUCAUGUUACAGAAGCACAAUGUCGUUUUUGUUGCAGCGUUAUGGACUCCAUUUGUACAAGUUUUUUAAACACAGAUUUUUGAGUAUUCUCAAAAGAUUCCUAGCUCUAAAUCAUAUUCUGCUUCCUACAGUCACUAAAAUUUCAACUUUUCCAAAUGCAACAUAGUUCAUUCAAAUUGGUCCAGCAUUUGUCCUAAACGCAUUUCUGAGUUUUCAAUUGUAUUUAAAUUAUGAAAUCUGAGUUGGCCCCAAGCUAAAGCUUCAUCUUUACAGUUGUGGUAUGCUAUAACUCGUUUAACGUCUUCUUUUGUUGAGUGCUCUGUCUUGUCUAUCUGCUUGAUUUGAAUUGAUUGCGACUGUGUAAGACAGGUUGUCUAAAGAACAGCCUGAAUAACACUUUAGCAAAAAUUCUUAUGAAUAUGCUGCUUAUUUUGUAGCACAAUUCGCUGUCACAGCAUGCAUCUGUGGGCAUUGUUUGCAGCUGCUGUCAUUUCAGACUGUGUCUCAUUUUAUGUGAUCACCAUUGCUGUCUUUACAAUGUACUGCGCAUGUCGGUCUAGUGGCUGUAAAUUGCGCAUCAAAGUGUCUCGUUGAUAGACGUGAACAACUUGUGUACAAAGGACAAAGACUACGGGCAUUACGCUUAUACAAAAGCGGGGAGCGACAUUCCACAUUUAUCAGUAUUACGGCACAAUUACUCAAUGCACUUCUGUUCCUAUUCUUUGGAGAAGAGGUUGUAGUGAUGUCUUGAUUAUUUCUGUUUUUGUGGUUAAGGUAGUCUUGCCUUGAGAAAGAAAAGUACCAUACACCUUGUAUACAGUAGUCAGUGUAGUUCAUUACAUUCCUUGAUGAUUCUGAAACUGCAAACUCACAACUACUGAUACCUGUAUGAACAUUUGUUUCACACACAGCGACAGCUUGUAGAGUUCAUCAUUUGUUUAUUAACAACACUUUUCUCAACAACAAACACAAUGAAAAUCGGCGGUGACAUUUCGUGCUGAAGUUGGAUGCCUUCACACCAACUUUUGAAAUGCCUCAGCACACUGGUGCACAAUUGCUUAACACUCCCCGAGUUCAGCGUCUUCACAACCAGCAGAGAUUUGUUUAGUGCAACAGUGCAAUUUUAGGAACUUUCUCCAGAAGCUGUGUUUUCGAAACAAGAUCAAGAUGCUACCAUAAGCCGGAUAGUUGCAAUUUUCCCCAGUUUUCAUUAAGGGUAGUAGGAACUUGUCACUCCAUUUCUAGUCUCAACUUAGGGAAUGCAUGUUUUGAAGCUGUGCAUUUUUUUGUGCAACACUGCAUCUCGAAGAGCUGCUGUUACGAGAAAAUCUGCAUUGUAGAUAUUUGUAGGCAAUGAGGCUCUUUCAAAAUAAACACUCACAUUGCUUCAAAGUGCAUAUCGUGUUUGCACAAUGUGUUUUCCACGUUUCCCCCAUGCAAGUCACUUUUUUUCAGGGUGGAACAGCUUGCUACAGUCACUCAUUUUUAUCUUUUGAGAUGGUGUGGGUUUCCUUACGCUGUGAAAGAUUUUCUGGUGGAAAUUAUCAUUUGCAAGAUAUCAUUUGCAUCUCGGUGGCAGUGACAAAAGGGCUUUUAAGCUGCUUUUAGUCAGUUUGUUAAACAGUUUAAACAAAUGGGAUUGCACUUUCAUGUUAGAUAUGUGAUAUUUUUAGGGCAACUUGUAAUGUUUUUACUAUUUGGUGAGUAAGCUUGCACUUGGAACUGCACACAGAACUGAUGUGGUUAUAUUUUUUGCUGAGAUAUGACCUUGCAAGCAAAACCGAGGCGGCUAAGCCUAAUUAGGCCUAACAUAUUUCUCACCCUUUAAUUGUGAUGCUGAAGGUGGUACAAUAAGACAUUCGGCCUAUUAAGCCUAGUGGAAAUUAGGUUGUUUUGACGUCAGUGUGAGGCUGAAGUCAUACUAACAGCAGUUGCUGCGCUAAGCUGGCGCUCUUUCUAACUGAAACAUGCUUCGGCGACUUUAUCUUAAGGCGGAAGUUGGUCAGGCUCGACAAGAGGCGUUACGUACGCACAUGUCACAAGCUGUGGGAAAUUUUUCACAGGGAAACCCACAUGCCAGUUCACUUAGCUUCCAAUACGGAAGCUGUGAGAACUGAAAACGAGAUUUCUCAUUCCUGAUUUCAGAGGAGCCGGUGUCAGAGAGCGAAGAACCCACACUACCCGAGUUCACGCACGGCGACGAACUCUGAGAGACUUGCAGUGCACAACACAUCAUUUCCAGCUGCUCAAAAAAGUCAUUUUGUUUUUCAAAAAAAAAAAAGAAACUUCAUUUAUAUAUGUCAUAAAUACACCAUAUGUACAGUUUUCA